GAGCUUUCCGCCAUUUCUGUCUCUUUCUCUCAUAUAUAAACCCUCCCUUUUUCCCCUGUUAUUUCCUCUCCUAAACCCAUCACUCUCUUUAUCUUCACUCACUUCACCUGAGAUUUUGUUUUCUUUUAUUUUUCGGUAAUGGGGAAGAUUAAGAUCGGAAUUAACGGAUUUGGAAGGAUCGGGCGUUUGGUUGCGAGAGUUGCUCUCCAAAGCGAAGAUGUUGAGCUUGUUGCUGUUAAUGAUCCUUUCAUCACCACUGAUUACAUGACCUAUAUGUUCAAGUACGACAGUGUUCACGGUCAAUGGAAGCACCAUGAGCUUAAAGUGAAGGACUCAAAGACUCUUCUCUUUGGUGAAAAGCCUGUCACUGUUUUUGGCAUCAAAAACCCUGAGGAAAUUCCGUGGGGUGAGGCUGGUGCUGAAUAUGUUGUUGAGUCUACUGGUGUCUUCACUGACAAGGACAAAGCUGCUGCUCACUUGAAGGGUGGUGCAAAGAAAGUGAUUAUUUCUGCUCCCAGUAAGGACGCCCCCAUGUUUGUUGUUGGUGUAAAUGAGAAGGAAUACAAGCCUGAUCUUGACAUUGUCUCCAAUGCUAGCUGCACAACCAACUGCCUUGCUCCGUUGGCUAAGGUCAUCCACGACAAAUUCGGUAUUGUUGAGGGUCUUAUGACCACUGUCCAUUCAAUUACUGCUACCCAAAAGACUGUGGAUGGUCCAUCAAUGAAGGACUGGAGAGGUGGUAGAGCUGCUUCCUUCAAUAUCAUUCCCAGCAGCACUGGAGCUGCCAAGGCUGUUGGCAAAGUUUUGCCAGCGUUGAAUGGUAAGCUGACUGGAAUGGCUUUCCGUGUUCCCACCGUUGAUGUCUCCGUAGUUGACCUUACUGUGAGACUUGAGAAGAAGGCUUCUUACGAAGAUAUCAAGGCUGCUAUCAAGGAGGCUUCUCAGACCACCAUGAAGGGAAUUCUUGGUUACGUAGAUGAAGAUUUGGUCUCAACCGACUUUGUCGGAGACAGUAGGUCAAGCAUUUUUGAUGCUAAGGCCGGAAUCGCAUUGAAUGACAACUUUACUAAGCUUGUUGCGUGGUAUGAUAAUGAGUGGGGUUACAGUUCUCGAGUGAUUGACUUGGUUCGACACAUGGCUUCAUGCUAAGUGAGUGAAGUUUUAGCUUCUAACUUCAGCUUUGGCAAGCAAUUUAGGAACUAGAAGAGAUAUGCCUGCCUUUUGGGUGUUGGUCAUGCGAAUAAUAGAAAUUGUAUGCAACCUUUUUUUUUCGUGUGAACACUCUUUUUUUGGGUGGAUUAGAAGGGUUUCUAUUUUGACUCCCUUCAUCCAUUUUAUGACAAUAAUAAUUACAAGAUCAACAGAAAAAUUAAUAAAUAAAUUUGUUAGUCAUAA